GGUUAGGUGACGAACUUCAGCACCGCCCCACUCGGGGCAUGAAAGGGGAGGGAAGAGGCUGUGCUGAUCCCACGUGUGACGCUUGCAUUCCCGGUUCAGUAAUAUUUUCAUAGCGGGGCUUUGCUUUGCUUUGGCUGUGUUUGUGUGUGUUUGUUAGUUUCUGCCUGUAGUUUGAUUAGCAAUGGAAGGAGACGGGAGCCAAACCACCUCUGGAAACUCAAAUGAUUCGCAACAUGACCCGGGUAAAAUGUUUAUCGGUGGCCUCAGCUGGCAAACAUCACCAGACAGCCUUAGAGACUAUUUCAGUAAAUUCGGGGAAAUAAGAGAAUGUAUGGUAAUGAGAGAUCCUACGACAAAACGAUCCAGAGGAUUUGGGUUCGUUACAUUUGCAGAUGCCGCCAGCGUAGAUAAAGUCUUAGCGCAAACACACCACGAAUUAGACUCAAAGACGAUUGAUCCUAAAGUUGCCUUCCCUCGACGCACUCAACCUAAGGUAAGACAGCUGAAGCUUUUCUCACUCCUGCUGUUUCACCUCUCCACACUUACUAGGUUGCAUAGCGAUCCGUUCUCUGCUGACUGUAGUGCUGCACUCCAUUGGCUAGAAGCACCCUUUGACUCAGUGUCAGCUCUUAGUGUAACAGGUGGUUUCAUGACUGCUUUUGAAAUGUGGGUGCUUUUUUUUCUUUUGUUGUGCAAUGUGAUUCCAGCUGAAAUAUUCUCCUGACUCUGUCCUGUGAUAAGGAGAUGUGUGUUGUGUGUGUGUGUGUUGAGCUUGGUCUUGAAGUAAUAGCCCCUUUAUUUGGCAUUGCAUUGUAGCUUAGCUGCGAAAGUGUUCUUCUCUGUGGCGUCUGGUGGCUUCGGGGCCGUGUGAGGCCCAAAACGAGCCCGGAUCAAUAAUGGAUUUCUCCCCGAGUGUGGGUGGGCCACAGAGAGGUAUUCUGAGUGAAGUGGGGAACUCGUAGUGAAUGCUUUUCAAAGCCAGGGCACAUGGUGCCUUCAGGGUAGCGGCAUAUGGUUGAGAAACUGCUUUUUUUUUUUUUUUAAAUACCUAAUUUGCCUGUUCGUUGCGUUAACCUUUUCUUGUCCAAGGGUGUGGAAGAUGAACGGAAGAAACGGUUCAAACACACAGCCCCUGUGCUGCUGAGUUUUAUGUAAAUGUAUAAAAAAAAUGAUGUCUUUCUGCUGUUUUAUGUAUGAAUUUGUCAUGCCUCUGUUUGUUCUGUCUGUCGUCAGAAGACAGCGACAAAUGAGUUGCGGUGUGAGGGAAAUGAGUGCUCCUUUGACUUGAAAUGGCAGGCUGAAGGGCAAGCUCAUUAGGGAAGAAAAGAGGGUUUAUUUGUUUCAGUAUUAAGCAGAGAAUGUGGAUUUCAAAGGAUCUCGGAGCAAUAGGAUUAAGGCAGAUAGAUUAGCAUUACACAGCUUUUUCCCUUCAUGUGAAAUUGAUUCGGGGGGGCCUCCUUAAGCAGUCGGAGGCGCUCCGAGGAUGGCGUUCGGAAGCGCGGGAUGUCAUUUUUUUCCUCUCUUUGCCCUCUGUGCCUUCCUGCCCGUGCUAGAGCUGAGGGGGGAGGGGGAGGGGUGCUGAGGGCGCUGGGGUGGGUGGCAGGUGGCAGUUGCUCCGUCGCCUGCAGGUGUUUUGCCGCUGUCUUGAAGUGGGUUUUUUAUAGGGGCCG